AUGAUGUCCUGCAAGUCCCUCCUUGUGACCCUCGUGGUCCUGGCAGCCCUGUGCAGCCUUGCCGCCGCCCAGUUCGGCUACGGAGGCUAUGGAGGCUACGGAGGCUAUGGUGGCUACGGAGGCUACGGAGGCUACGGUCGCGGAUUCGGUGGCUACGGCCGCGGAUACGGCGGCUAUGGAGGCUACGGCCCUGGAUUUGGAGGAUACGGGGGCGGUUUCUACGGUUGA